AGAGACACAGAGAGAGCCUUCUCCCCUCCUCCUCCCUCUGCCUUUUCUCUCUCCUAAAUGCAACUUUUUUGCAGCUUGCAGGAAGGUUGGGUGCUGGGGGGCUCUGCAUGGCGAUGGUGAAGGGUGGCUGAAAAGGGGGCUGGAAGGCUGCCUUUUGGGGGGUUUUAAACCCUUGCUUCUUAUCUGCCAGGCAUUCUGGAGAACCCCCAAAAAGAAAACCCUACCACCCUUCCAUUACCCCAGGACAGGCCCUGCUCCUCACCCAGUACCCAGGGAACUCUCUGUUUUGGGGUACAUUGGCAGGAUGCAACAUUUCUUGGGGGGCUACUGGAAGUGGCUGCUGUCUGACUGAUUACUCAAUGCAGGAGGCUGAUAGGAGACCCCAGGAUCCAGGGCUGACCCCCUUCCUUCUCCCUGAACCCAGGAGGCAUCUGGAGGUACCCCCAAGGCACAGGCUGCCCCCCAAUAUGGCAGAUUGGAGACACUUGUCGCUGUGAGCCUGGACUGCAGUAAGGAUCUGUCCCUGCUUCCCUGUCUCUCUCCUGCCAUGAAGCUGCUUACUGCCUGCCACUGUGGCCCCUGUCUGUGGAGGUAUGGUCUCUCUCCCACAGAUAUUCUCCUCCCACAGCCUCCUGUUGAGGGCCUUCUGCAGUGAGAAGAAUCCAAAGUUGGAGACAAGUCCUUACUGGGAUAUGACCGGUUACGGCUGCCACAGCAAGGUCUAUAAUCCAGGCAAAAGCAGCUCGACAUCUGGCCAACUGUUGCUCGCGCACGCCUCCCUCCUUCAGGUGCCGUACGAGCAAACCGUGAUCUUCCCGACCAGCGUCGGGCAUAUUGUGGAGUCCUCGUCCAGCAGUGUGUCUUCAACAGCAGCGAGCGGUAAAACGCUCGGUGGCCCUCCGACCAACCUGAUGCGGCGCAGUACGGUCAGCCUUCUGGAUACCUACCAGAAGUGCAGUUUGAAGCGAAAAUGCGAGGAGUUAGACAACAACAGCAGUGUGCAGAUUGUGGAUGAGCAUCCUCCUAUAACCCAGAACAAUGCAAGCGGUGCCACUGCUGCCACCACCUCCACGGCCACUUCCAAGAACAGCGGCUCCAACAGCGAAGGGGAUUACCAGCUGGUGCAACAUGAGGUUCUGUGUUCCAUGACCAAUACUUAUGAGGUUCUGGAAUUUUUGGGAAGAGGUACCUUCGGGCAGGUAGUGAAAUGCUGGAAAAGAGGAACCAACGAGAUAGUGGCCAUCAAGAUCCUGAAGAACCACCCUUCCUAUGCUAGGCAAGGCCAGAUCGAAGUGAGCAUCCUGGCCCGGCUAAGUACAGAAAGCGCAGAUGACUACAAUUUCGUUAGGGCGUACGAGUGCUUUCAGCACAAGAAUCACACCUGCCUUGUGUUCGAGAUGCUCGAGCAGAACCUCUACGACUUCCUGAAGCAAAACAAAUUCAGCCCGUUGCCUCUUAAGUACAUUCGGCCGGUCCUGCAGCAGGUGGGCACGGCCCUUAUGAAGCUGAAGAGCCUGGGCUUAAUCCACGCUGACUUAAAGCCAGAGAACAUCAUGCUGGUCGACCCUUCCAGACAGCCGUACAGAGUCAAAGUCAUAGACUUUGGAUCUGCAAGCCAUGUCUCCAAAGCCGUUUGUUCCACCUACCUGCAAUCCAGAUAUUACAGGGCUCCCGAGAUCAUCUUGGGGCUACCGUUCUGUGAGGCCAUUGACAUGUGGUCUUUGGGCUGCGUGAUCGCUGAGCUGUUUUUAGGGUGGCCUCUCUACCCGGGAGCAUCGGAGUACGACCAGAUACGUUACAUCUCCCAGACUCAGGGUUUACCAGCAGAGUAUCUACUCAGCUCUGGGACAAAGACCACUCGCUUCUUCAACAGGGACGGAGAUUCUCCAUACCCGCUGUGGAGAUUAAAGACUCCUGAAGACCAUGAAGCGGAGACCGGUGUUAAGUCAAAGGAGGCCAGGAAAUACAUCUUCAAUUGUCUGGAUGACAUGGCCCAGGUGAAUAUGGCGUCCGAUUUGGAAGGGAGCGAUAUGCUGGUGGAGAAGGCAGACAGGCGCGAGUUCAUCGACCUUCUAAAGAAGAUGCUGACUAUUGACGCGGACAAAAGGAUAACACCUAUCGAGACGCUCAACCACCCCUUCGUGACCAUGACCCACCUCCUGGACUUCCCGCACAGCUCACAUGUGAAAUCCUGUUUCCAGAACAUGGAGAUCUGCAAGCGGCGGGUGAACAUGUACGACACUGUGAACCACAGCAAGACCCCCUUUAUCACACACGUGGCCCCCAGCACUUCCACUAACCUCACCAUGACCUUUAGCAAUCAGCUUAACACUGUGCACAGCCAGCCUUCCGCUGCAUCCAUGGCAGCCGUUGCCCAGAGGAGUAUGCCCCUGCAAACUGGGGCAGCACAGAUCUGUGCCCGGCCUGACCCCUUCCAACAGGCUCUGAUUGUUUGCCCGCCAGCCUUCCAAGGGUUGCAGAACUCUCCUUCCAAACACGGCGGAUAUUCUGUGCGCAUGGAAAACACCGUGCCGCUGGUCACGCAGACAGCUGGUACUCAGGCGCUGCAAAUUCAGCCAGGGCUUCUGACACAGCAGGCAUGGCCCAGCGGCACACAGCAGAUUCUGCUUCCCCCAGCUUGGCAACAACUGGCCGGUGUGGCUGCCCAUACCUCGGUUCAGCACGCCGCGGUUAUACCAGACAGCAUGGCGGGCUCGCAGCAGCUGGCAGAUUGGAGGAGCUCCCAUACACAUGGGGCGCAUUACAAUCCCAUCAUGCAGCAGCCGGCGCUCCUUGCCGGUCAUGUGACCCUGCCUUCCGCGCAGCCUCUGAAUGUGGGAGUGGCUCAUGUCAUGAGGCAACAGCCAACCAGCUCCUCCUCCUCGUCGCGCAAGAAGCAACACCACUCCUCCGUGAGGAAUUCCUCGAACUACGAGGUCUCCUCAUCGCAAUCUCUCAGCUCUCCCCAACGAUCCAAACGAGUGAAGGAGAACACGACCCCUCGCUGCUCAGUCCCCCAGAAUACUGGCCCUUGUGGCCCCUCCAUUACCUGCGGCUGGGGGGAAAGCUCUGUGAGCGGAUCCCGCGAGCGUCAGCGCCAAACGAUCGUGAUUCCCGACACACCGAGUCCGGCGGUCACCGUCAUCACCAUCAGCAGUGACACCGAUGAGGAGGAAGAGCAAAGGCAAGCGGCCCCAAGCCUCCCAAAGCAGCGCAGGAACGUGAUCAGCUGUGUCACGGUCCACGAUUCGCCUAUCUCAGAUUCCUCUAGCAACACCAGCCCCUAUGGAGCCGUCGGGCAGCGUCGCGGCACCAAUACUACCGCCCAGGAGAGCAAAUGCCCGCCAGAGAGCGCCUGUCCUGCCAACCCUCGCACCAUCAUCGUACCGCCUCUGAAGACCCAGCCUGCUGAAGGCCGCCUUGAAUGUGAGAGGAGACAGCCAGAUACAACCAGCCACCACACGUAUAAACCCAAGUCGUCAUCUUCCUCCUCCUCGGCGGCUUCGUCUUCUCAUGCCUCCAGUAGCACCGUGGGCACGUCUACGUAUCGGCAGGCACGAGCUAAUGGGCACUCCUUCCAACAACAGCCACUCAACCUCAGCCAGAUGUCUCAGCACCUCAGCUCGGAGCGUACAAGCAGCCACCGAAGGCAACAAGCCUACUUAACGCCCACCCUCGCCCAGGCUCCAUACUCCUUCCCACAUGGAAGCCCCAGCCACGGAGCCGUGCACCCUCACCUGGCUGCUACAGCUCACCUCCCCAGCCAGCCUCACCUGUACACGUAUACUGCACCUGCGGCACUGGGUUCCACCGGAACAGUCGCUCACCUGGUGGCUUCCCAAGGAUCGGCGAGGCAUGCUGCAUACCCGGCCAGCAUCGUACCAGUCAGCAUGGCCCCCCGGUUACUUCCCUCACCAAGCCUGCACCCUGGCCAGUACCAGGCUCAGUUUGCCCACCAGACUUACAUCCCAGCCUCUCCCACCUCCAGCGUUUACACUGGAUACCCACUAAGCCCACCUAAAGUCAAUCAGUACCCUUACAUAUAGAGUCCUGGUGGUGGGGUAGAGGCGGGUGCCUUUGAGGACACAAAACUUCUAACACUGGGAAAUGAAGAAUAUAUCGGAGGCGACAUCUUAUCCGGGGGUCAAAGUACGGGUCAAAGAAAGUGUCCUAGAACUUUUCCGGAAUCAAAAAAUAAAUACAAAAAGAGGGGUCUCUCCAUUAGUGGCAGGGCGUCUGGACACUAGUUAUUAGUCCGUCUCCAACCAUGUAUUUUUUAUUUUAUUUUUGAGCAGAACCAGGUCUGGCUCUGAUGAACUGUUAAUCGGAUCUCCUUGAUGAAGAUGGAGUCCUACCGGGACUGCUAGAUUCCACAUCUCCACUGGACAUUGUGACUUGCUGCUCUUGGGGAGGGUGGGAAAUGUAUGAUGAACGUGGCUGGAAGUCACCCACUGGGUUUCGAGAGGAAGUUUUAUAUUUAUUAAUCUCUGAUUACCGUUGAGUUAUUGGAGAGUCCAUCGGGCUCUUCUAACAUAGCGUUGACUUAGGAGUUUAUGCAGAGUUUUAUAGGGUUAGGUUCUCACCAACCAUGUUUUGACUCUAGAACACAUUUUAAUUUUUCAAGGGUGGACUUGUAGGCCAGAUUAUCAAAAGGGGCCACCAAGUCCCCUCUAUUUUAUUUUCAUUUUUACUAUUUGAAGGGUGAGCGUGAGAAGUUUGGGGGCACCAGCUCGACCAACUUUUCCUGCACCUGUUUUUUUUUUAGGUUACAGGUUUCUUUUUCCCUUUCUCAGCACUAAUCGUAAUUUUGUUUUGAGUUUUAGAAGAUUGUAAUUUUUAACAAACAUUUUAGAAGGACUUGGCAUAAAAAAACCAAAACCAUCUCUUCUGGGUUUUAACACACAAAAAAAAAAUAAAAAAAACAAAAAAAAAAAUAAAACAAAACUGAGCAGCUUUGUGAAGAGGGAUUUUUGGGACGUCGUGAAGGGGACGAGGGAAGAAACGGGAAAGUUAAAAUCCUCUUCUCGGAGGAAUCCAUGAAGUGAGGAGACAGAGGACGAUCCUGAUCUUUGGCGCUGUGCGGAUCAGAAAGGAAAGGAUUGGGAAUUAAGAUGAAUCGAACGGAGUGAAGCGGACGCAGCUGCUUAACCUCUCACUGUUUCACGUCACUUUAAAAACUUUUAGUAAAGGAAAUGUCCCUCCCCUGCGCUACAAUGUAGCGCAACCAGGUGUAGCCCGUUUUAUAAGCUUAUCCAAUAGAUCUAUAUUUUCUCCUGUAAGAAAAGUUGCACAAUAGCUUAGACAUGUCUCGCACCGACUCCAAAACACUAAUGGACAACUUGUGAUUGAAGAUACCGGCAUGUAACUUUGUGACAGUCCUAGAUCAUGUGUGUGUAAACCUGUGUGUCCUUCCGUGUCACAUACUUUGCUCGUAGUGCCUUACAACCUGUUGAGAACGUUUGACCCUGUUGUGUCUCUGAUAAUUGUCACUCUGCUAGUUACAAGAGGUGUGUUACAACCCGCUGGUGCUGUAGCUUGUGUUCCAUUCUCUUCUCAUACGCCUCGAUCCGAAGUUCCGUGUUCCGAGUUACUACAGGGUCCGAAACGGGGUAACCCCUUUAAGUGACAAGACCGUAGAAUGUUGAGGAGCGUCCGGUUGUCACAUAAAUGGGUUAAACCGGUAUCACCACACUUACUAUUCUAGGGUUGUAAAAAGAAAAAAAAUAUAUAUCAUUUUACCUUUUUAACACUUUUGUCUGAGCCUCUCGACCUCUGGUUGUCAUUUCAAUUAUGUUUUAACACUUUGGCUGCCAGAGUGACCGAGAUAUGCGAUGCAUGGCAAUCUCCUCCGGCAGCCAUGGGGUUAAUUAUGGAAUUGUCAAUUGUUGAGUGGAAACCUUUUUAUCAAAGCAAUUACUAAGACUCUUGAAUUAUGAAGAAGGAAUGGCCGCUAAAAUCCAAGCUGUGGGCACAUUGUUAUGUGAAUGAUGGUAUGUAAUCGUGGUUAACCCCUUCAGUACUGAUGAGGUUAAAAAAAAGGGAAUAAAAGAACUGUAAUUUGUGA